UGGCAAUCCCCCCUGGACAAAUGGAUUAGCUGUAACCCAUGAGCAGCAGCCAUCUCAGCCAAUCGGAGUAGGCAGAAGUUGGGGGGCGGGGACUCCAUGAAGCAUCUCCUUUUCAGCACCCUCAGGGGUGAUCCGACGGAGGUGCCCCGGGGUCGCAGGUAACUAGCCAGCCUCCAGGACUAGAUGAUUGGAGACCUCAGCGAUUUGAACUAAGAUCAACAAGCGUUGUCCCUUUGUUUUUGUUUUGUUUUGUUUUGUUUUGUUUUUUGUAGCACGCUCUUCACAUUCUUUGCACAGCUCCUUUUGCCGAUAAAACCUGCCCUGAAUUUUUAAAAAUGAAGCAGUUGAAAAGGAAAAGGAAAAGCAAUUUUAGCGUUCAGGAAACUCAGACCCUUUUGAAAGAAAUUACUAAGAGGAAGGAAGUCAUCUUUUCCAAGCAGCUCAACACGACGAUCAAUGUGAUGAAGCGAAUGGCCUGGGAGGAGAUCGCACAGUGUGUGAAUGCUGUCGGAGAAGGAGAGCAGAGGACCGGCACGGAGGUGAAGAGACGCUACCUGGACUGGCGCGCACUCAUGAAGAGGAAGAGGAUGAAGGCCAACAUGAAGCUGGUUGGCUCUGGGUUUCCUCUGCCCACAUCGGAUCUAGAUGACUCUCUCACUGAAGACAUAGAUGAAAAAAUUGCGUUCCGAAAUGAUGCAAAUUUUGACUGGCAGAAUGUGGCAGAUUUCCGGGAUGCAGGUGGAUCUUUAACAGAGGUCAAGGUGGAAGAGGAAGAAAGGGACCCGCAGAGCCCAGAAUUUGAGAUUGAGGAGGAGGAAGAGAUGCUGUCAUCCGUCAUACCGGAUUCCAGGAGGGAAAACGAGCUCCCCGACUUCCCUCACAUUGAUGAGUUUUUCACCCUCAAUUCCACUCCGUCCAGACCCACCUAUGACGAGCCCCAUCUGCUCAUGAACAUAGAGAAACAGAAGCUGGAGCUGGAAAAACGCCGUCUGGAUAUCGAGGCGGAAAGGCUGCAGGUGGAAAAGGAGCGGCUGCAGAUAGAGAAAGAGCGCCUGCGCCACCUGGACCUGGAGCACGAGCGCCUGCAGCUGGAGAAGGAGAGGCUGCAGAUCGAGAGAGAGAAGUGGAGGCUGCAACUGGUCAGCACCGAGAAGCCGGCCCUAGAGAACGAACUCGGCCAGGGGGAGAAGUCCAUGCUGCAGCCACAGGACAUCGAAGCAGAGAAGCUGAAACUCGAGCGAGAGCGCCUACAGCUGGAGAAAGAUCGGCUGCAGUUUUUGAAGUUUGAAUCGGAGAAGCUGCAGAUAGAGAAGGAGCGCUUGCAGGUGGAGAAGGAGAGACUGAGGAUUCAGAAAGACGGGCAUUUGCCUUGACUGUUCUUGGCCCUCGGCUUAGCAGACGUUUAUGAACUGUAGCUUUCCCCCAUCAGUCCAUGUAAAGGUGGUUCUGGACCAUCUACCCCAUAAGCACCCCUGUUUAAUGCCAGUGUUUUUAGUAGGAAUAAUAGGGAUACAGCGGUAGCUGUGUGCUUCAGUAGUGUAUAAUAUAAACGCUCUGCCCAACAUAAACAGCAUAGCAGAGGAUCUGCUAGACACUUCCACCUUAGUAAUACUAAAUAGAGUCCUGUCUUAUCUGUGUACCCCAAGUUUACAAUGAUGUCUGCAGUAAAGUUUCUAUCCAGUGGUUCUCUAGUGGAGUUUGGGCUCCCAGAAGACAUUUGGUAUUGUGAGAUGUUUUUUGGUGGUCAAAGUAAAUGGGUGUAGGCUGCUACCAGCCUCAGUAGAGGCUACAGGUUCUGCUACACCAUGUUUAGCAUAGUUGUCUUCACAGGAAAGAAUUACCCAGUCCAAAAUGUCAUUAGUGCCAAGUUUGAAAAACUGUACACUGGCCUAACUGUGUAUCUUUAUAGCUAUGUCUACAGUUUUAGAAUAUUAAAACUUCAGAUAUUUAUGUGGUUAGAUACUUAAAUGGCCAAAACCAUUUUAACUGUGAGACAUUACUGUGUAGUAUAUUGAAUAUAGGGAGUGGUGGAGAUUGUGGGUCCUUUAUUCGAGUGGUAUUGUCUAUCAGUAGACUGAGACCUAGAAACCUGGGACCAUCUGAGAUUGUUUAAAAUGAGUCACUUUGAAGGGCAGUUGCCUUCAAGAAUCAACACAUGACUGGGAAGCUUUCAUUCCCCCUUCUUUGAAUCUGUUGUCAUAGUUUGAAUACAGAACUUACCAUCUCAGUCAUGUACUAAAACGUUAUGUAAGAGAAUGUCAGAAGCUACCAGUGCCAAAAUGGUGACAGUAGUCCAUAAUGUGGAACCCAAUGAAUUGUUGAUUGAUUUUUAAGUGAAGAAUAGGCAUUUGAGAUUGAGAGAUGGGGGAAAUGUCGUCUUAUCGGUGAGAGUGGUAUUGAAAUGAUAGUAGUAACUGUGUUAUGGUUAGGGGAAAUCUUGCUUAACUUAAAAUCUACAGGAGUCUGUGAAAAGGUAUCUUCUUACUCUAGAAUCUGAAGUUCAGAGAAAUCCUGCAGAAAGUAAAUGGCUGAUACUUUAUAUAGUGGUGUGUUUUUGUCUUUACCCCUUCAGGAUGGCUAAAGUUGGGAAUUCUAAAAGCAAAGGUUGGACUUAGCCUGAUGAUUUGCCCACAGUGUCCUGAUGGUGGUUUGUCACAGUUAAGUACUUUCUGAUGCACAAGGAAGUUGCAAACUGUUGCACGAAUUCACUUUGUGUUUUCUGUUUUCUGGGGCUGAUAGCUUUAAUACAACACUUCUGUUGACACACUACCUUGAUUCUGUAUUUGUUCUUUGUUAAUUUAAGAAUGGCUAGAAAUCAUGAUUGAAUAUAGGUAUGCAAAGGGAAGUAUACCCAUGAUUACUUAUUCUGAUUUUGACAUAGUGUUAUUUUUUUAUAAUUCUAUUAAAUACUUUUACCUUAGAAAUAAAUUUAUCUGUCUGAAA